AUUGGAACUGACGAGAGCUGCCCGGCCCUGCCCCGGAUAGGAUGGGGGCGGGGCCAAAGGCGGGAGAGAGCGUGACAAUUAGGUCGUGUCCCCGAAGGGGGCGUGCCUACGCGUAACUCCGGCGGCAGGGGACGGGGCUGGCCAGCGACGUGGUGACGUCACACGCCGCCUACGGCUCCGGCUUCGCCGCUCCGGCGCGUGCCGGUUGCCUCUGCAGCUCCUCCCUCUUCUAGUCCGUCCCGCGGCGGAGUCUCUGUCCUCCCUCCCGCCCUGCGCUCCCGGCUCCCGGCGGGCGAGAUGGCGGAGGCCGUGGAGCGCACAGACGAGCUCGUCCGCGAGUACCUGCUCUUCCGCGGCUUCACGCACACCCUGCGGCAGCUGGACGCGGAGAUCAAGGCGGACAAGGAGAAGGGGUUCCGGGUGGAUAAGAUUGUGGAUCAGUUGCAGCAAUUAAUGCAAGUUUAUGACCUGGCAGCACUUCGAGAUUAUUGGAGCUACCUUGAACGUCGUCUCUUUAGCCGAUUGGAGGAUGUAUAUCGGCCUGCUGUCAACAAACUGAAGACCAGCUUGUUUCGUUUUUAUCUCAUCUAUACAAUCCAGACAAACAGAAAUGAUAAAGCUCAGGAGUUCUUUGUGAAGCAGGCCACUGAACUCCAGAACCAAGCAGAGUGGAAGGAUUGGUUCAUCCUACCCUUUCUCCCAUCUCCAGAUACCAACCCUACCUUUGCCACUUACUUCUCCCGGCAGUGGGCUGACACUUUCAUUGUGUCCCUCCACAACUUCUUGAGUGUCCUGUUUCACUGCAUGCCAGUGCCAGUUAUCCUGAACUUUGAGGCUGAAUGUCAGCGAACUUCUCAGGUACAAGAGGAAAACGAAGUUCUGCGUCAGAAGCUUUUUGCAUUGCAAGCAGAAAUCCAUCGGAUGAAGAAAGAAGAGCAGCAGCUUGAGGAGGAAGAGGCAGUGGUCCAACACAAACUCCCUCAUUAUGUGUCCAACAUGGACCGCCUGGGAGACUCAGAACUUGUCAUGGUAUGUAGCCAGAGGAGUGCUUCACUUUCCCAUUCCCCCAAGAUGGGGUUCUUCUCUGCCCUGUUGCCUCAGAGUAAGAAGAGUCCGUCCAGAGUGUCUCCAGCUCCGGGUCUCCCUCAGGCACAGUCCUCAGUGAAAAAAGAGUUAGCUAACAGUCAGAUCCUUAAAGGAAAAGAAAUCACAACAGGAGUCAGAGAUGGAAAGAACUUCUUCAGUGGCUUAUCAACUGGAGAGCCUGGCCUGGCCCAUCAUCGGCAGAAGCGCCUGCAGGAUCAUGGCAAGGAAAGAAAAGAGCUGUUAUCCAAAUCAGCUUUCCAGGGUCCAGAGAAGAAAACAGAAGUUAGUGGCCCAGAGACCGAGCCUUCCCCAGAGCUCCAUAUUGAACAAGCAGACCUGAUUACCAGAGCUUCUGGAGCUGGCAUAGAAGGGAGUGGCUUCCAACCUGAGCAGCCUUUCAUUGUAUUGAGCCAGGAGGAGUAUGGAGAACAUCACUCUUCCAUCAUGCAUUGCAGAGUGGAUUGCUCUGGGAGGAGGGUUGCUAGCCUAGAUGUGGAUGGAGUCAUCAAGGUGUGGUCAUUCAAUCCUAUCAUGCAGACCAAAGCUUCUUCUAUUUCCAAGUCACCACUUCUUUCUUUAGAAUGGGCCACUAAGCGGGACAGGCUGCUUUUACUGGGCAGUGGGGCAGGGACUGUGCGUCUUUACGACACCGAAGCCAAGAAGAAUCUCUGUGAGAUCAGUAUCAAUGAUGACAUGCCUAGGAUCCUGUCACUUGCCUGUAGCCCCAGUGGGACCUCCUUCGUCUGCUCAGCUGCAGCCCCUAGCCUCAUUUCACAGAUGGACUACACAGCACUAGACAGUGGCAUCAGAGGCAUGAACCAGGUUCCUGGCAAGCUCCUGCUGUGGGACACUAAAACCAUGAAGCAGCAGCUCCAGUUCUCCCUGGAUCCAGACCCCAUUGCUAUUAAUUGUACUGCUUUCAACCACAAUGGGAACCUGCUGGUCACUGGGGCAGCUGAUGGUGCCAUUAGGCUCUUUGAUAUGCAGCAGCAUGAGUGUGCCAUGAGUUGGAAAGCCCAUAGUGGGGAGGUCUAUUCUGUGGAAUUUAGCUAUGAUGAGAACACUGUGUACAGCAUUGGAGAAGAUGGGAAGUUUAUUCAGUGGAACAUCCACAAGAGUGGCCAGAAAGUGUCUGAAUAUUCCCUCCCCAUGGAUGCCACAGGCCCCUUUGUGUUGUCGGGUUACAGUGGAUACAAGCAAGUCCAAAUUCCACGUGGUCGUCUCUUUGCUUUUGAUUCUGAGGGAAAUUACAUGCUGACUUGUUCUGCUACAGGAGGCAUCAUCUAUAAGUUGAGCAGUGAUGAGAAAGUCCUGGAGAACUGCCUGAGCCUUGGAGGUCACAGAGCCCCAGUGGUCACAGUAGACUGGUGCACAGCCAUGGACUGUGGUACUUGCCUUACUGCUUCCAUGGAUGGCAAGAUCAAGCUUACAACCCUGCUGGCCCAGAAAUUCUGACUGGGCACUAAGCCAGGGAAGCAUUAAAGCAUGCUUAUGGAAUCAGUAUUAGCUUGAGAUGGAGAUCACAGACUGGGAAAGAGGAGACAGAGAGACUGGCAGAUUUAUUACGAUAAAUUGUCAGCUAGUUGGGGCAACCCUGGGGAACAGGAGGGCAGAAAACUGUUGGUUCUGGUUACUCAGUAAACUCUAAGGUUGCCCCAGGCUCCCACUGGGCCAUGACAGGUGGCUCAAGGAGACAGAUUUCUGGUGGAUCCUGUGGACCUUGACAGUAUUUUGUGUAUAGACAGUUCUUGCUUUUAAGUAAGUGGACCUUUCCACAGAUCUCUACAUAAAUCGAUUUUUACAUAAUGAAAAUUUGCCCAUGGCUGUGGGGAAGGUGGAGGGAGAGGAGGAGGAAGGGGGCCAAGCGCUUGUGGAAGGAGGGGGGCCAGCACAUAGUGCAAGGACACCUGGGGGCCGGAGACAGAGAAGUGAGAGCAGGAGGAGAAACGUGCAGGCUGAGGCCAGCUACAUGACAAUCUUGCUGGAACCAAGAGGAAGAACACUCGGGAGGGGCAGAUAAGUGGGGUCUGGACAGGAACACAAACAGGAGAGGAUAGGUGACUUGUGGGAGCCAGAGACAGGCACGAGGGGAGUGGUUGGAGUGUGGUAAAGAUCUUCUGUCUUGGUGCUGGAAGUCUCAAGCCAAGUGUGGCAGUGGUGCUCUUUGUGUGUGUGUCUGUUCUUUCACUUGGAGGGUUGGGAUUUGUUUCUUUCUUUGUUUUGGUGGGGGCGGUGAGGUGGGGGGUUGGAGCUCAGAGCCAAGGAGCAGGAGCAGAAAGAGAGAGCCAGCAUAGUACUGUAUGGUCAAGUUAACAUAGGUGUUUUUUUGGAAUGUGGAUCUCUUUCAUAAUUCUUUAUGUAAAAUCACAUUUGCAUAAUGCAACUUUAUGUAAAAUGUCUGUAUAUUUACACAUUUCUUUUCUCCUCCCUUUCUUAAAAGAAUAUUGUUCUCACUGUGAUGUCUUUCUAUGGAAGUGGUAAUGGGAAAGAAGCUGCUUCUGUAACUCUCUUUCAGGUGACACUCUGUUGUGAUCCUUUUAUAUUAUUCAGAAAGCAGAAGCAUUGUCUUGGGAGUUUAACUGUCACUUUACCUCCCCAGAUAGAAGAAUUAAGAUGAAGCAUGGUAGUAUGGUGUAGUGGAUAGUGCUGGUUUUGAAAUCAGCAAGAUGGUAGUUCAGUCCUGCCUUUGGUGUUUAUUAUCCCUGUGAUCCUGGGCAAGUCACUCUGAGCCUCAGGCAACUCUAAACCAUGUCUAUUAGUUUAUGGAUGGGUGGCUGUCUGUAUUAGGGGAGGAUUUCAUACACUGAUGAAAUCUCAGAUCUUUAAGUAUGUGUGUUACUUAGACAGUGAGCUUUCCAUAGUAUCUGUCAGACUAAAAAGGUUUGAGGUUUUGGUUUAUUGUUGAGGCGAGGCUAUUUAUAUAACUUACAAUCUGUAAUUCUUACUCAGUUGGUCCGCGUUCCACACAAGCACCUAUCUAUGUAUGUGUUCUCUAUCCCAGUUACUCUGGAUUAUAUCCUAGAUGAAAGGUUUAUUUUUCUGCUCAGAAAACUUUGUUAAGGGGAUGUGGUUUCCUCUCUGGUGGGAAAGAGAUGUAUAGCAGAUCUAAGGGGGAGCUAAGACCCUUUGCUUUCAGCUUAAUAUCUUUAGCAGACCAUGGUAACAGUUUUCCCAGACUGUUUCCACUUAGCCCCUCCAUGUAUUCCUCUUGAUGGUUGUCAUAUAAUUUCUAGCUCAUAAGGAUGAAUAGCACUAGGACUUGGGUCUUGGUUCUCCUAACACCCCAUUUUCUGUGUGCAGAUAGAAGACUACUAUCUUUACCCAUUUGCAGUUGAAGGAAUAAACAAAGAUGGUGAUUUGUCCAAGUUGUGAAAUCUGGUGGCAGAGCUCAGACUAGAAGCCAGGUUUCUUGUUGCCUAGGUGCUGGUACCAUAACUAACUAGUUAGUUCAACAACUAACAAGCAUUAAGCGUGUCUUUGAAAUCUGUGUUACUUGGGCAGGCUCCUUGUCCCUUCAUAUGCUUAAGGUGGAAAACAGUUCUCUCCUCUUCCAUAGCCUGUGGGCAGGGGGAAAUAGCCCUUUGGUACUGUUGUCUGUCAUAGCUGUUGCAGUGAGGAGUGAAGUCAGUAGGUCUGGAACUUGUAUAGAUAGCUGAUGAAAUAAUAAUGAUAAUAAUAGCACCUAUAAAACUUUAAGGUUUGCAAAGCACUUUACCUGUGUUCUCAUUCAGUCCUUACAAAGACCCUGUGAAGGUAGGUGCUGUUGUUCUCUUUGUUUUACAGAUGAGGAAAGAGACCAGGAGAGGUUAAGUAACUUAGCAUAGGGUCACAUAGCUAGUAAAUGUCUGAGGCUGAAUUUGAACUCAGGUCUUCUUUACCCCAAGUCUAGAGCUCUUUCCACCCUCUACCUAGUAUUGCCGUUGAUUUUGGCUCAUUAAAGGGAUCAACUAGAAGAUGACUACUAUUGAGGCAGACAAGGUAUAAGCACAAGUUAAUAACCAUUCAUUCACCCUGUCUCUCCACUGUCAGAAAUUGAGUUGGUUCUAACUUAGUUAUGGGGCUGCAGUUCUAGAUGGAGGUAUCCUCAGGUUUCGUUGCUUCUAGGUUUUGUUCUGCUUGGGGAUGAGGGAAAAGUGAAAGAACUGAAAUACUGAACCUGCAUUUUAGCAAGCUUGAAUAUAAAGCGUAGUGGCGGAUUCUAUUUACAGGAUAUUAGUGGGAUAUUUCAUUUACUGGACUAUUGACUAUUUCCCUCUUAAGAAUACACUUUGUUGUCUUCUUCUUGAGGGAGAGGUUCACAUCAUAUAUGUCAUUAUUUUCUCUCCAGUUCACAUACUCUGAUCCUUUCCCUGCCCCAAGUGUAGGAAAAUCAGGGGAAAAUAUUUCUUUCUGUAAUUUUUUUCUUUUUUCCCAUCCACUCUGUUGAAAAGGUAGCCAUGACUCUUCUCUAUUUCUGUUAAUGCCACCACCACCCUCCCCGUCUUCUUGACCUCCCACAUCUAAACUACUUGCCAACUUCUUUUCAUUUCACCUUGAUGGUAUCUCUUGAGUCUUUCUCCUCCCAUUUGAAAAAAACAUCCCAUUUGUCUUAGUUUAAGAAAACAGCAUACUGGGUAGAGUGUUAGCUUUGGAGUCGGGAAGUUGUAGGAAAUCUUGCCUCUGGUGAAUAUUAUCUGUUUGAUCUAGGUUGAGUCAACUAAGUCUCAGGCCACUUGUUAACCCUUACCUACCAAGUUAUUAUAAUGUGUAUUGGUGUUCCACUGACAAACCAUGGAUCCUUCAUGCAUCUAAUCAAGUGGAUGUGCCAUCUUGAGAAGAAGAGGGUCAUGCAUUUCCAUUCUACAGCUCUGCUUUAGGUUAAGCCCUCCUAUCACACCCAGUGUGUAAGCAUCUUGGUUCACACUCUCAUCUAUCACCUUCCUGGUCUAUAACAUUAUAUUUGGACUUCCUACCUAUAGUUUCUCCCUUUUCCAAUCUACACUACACACUGCUGGUUCACGUUGUCUUAAUGGGGCUCACUGCUCUGCCCUAACCCCUUUGUGACUUCCUAUUACCUACUUAAUAAAAUAUAUACUCCUUAACACUGGCAUUCAGAAUUCUCUACAAUCUGACUUUAAAAGCCACCUUUUCCAGGCAACUGAACUGCUCGUUUCCCAUUCUUGUUCUUCACUCUCCUGUCUCCACCCUCUCUUCAAGAAUCUGCCUCGUGAAGCUUUCCUUUUGGAUUCCCCCACUAGCUUCCCUCAAAUAUCUCAUGGCACUUUUUUUUUUUGUGGUGGGAGGACCUCUUUUUGCACUUCACAAUUUUGCCUUGUAUUAUAGUCACUAGUGUACUUACCUUAUCUCCCUCCUCACUCCUCCCUUAUUAAAUUUGUAAGCUCCUUGUGAGCAAGGGCUGCAUUGUUUUUCACAUUUGUAUCUCAGUGCCUUGCACAUAGUAAAACGUUAAUAAACAAAUUGAGUUUCUUGAA